AGGCUGUGAGAGAGGGUUUGAUUUUUAUACUAAUGGGGGUUGGCUCGUGCAAGCGAGGGAGAAAAUGUGCGACAGAGACAGAGCACCAAGUGGGCAGGUUUUUCUUGCAUGAACACACUGAAAAUGAGUCGUGGGAAACAGUAGUAUUCAAGUUACUCCUCUCUAAGCAAACCCACCCUCCCAAUUUUAAACUGCUCACCAUUUUGUUCUCACCAUCCACCCAACCCUCGCCUGACAUGGCAUGGUUCCAGUCCCUCCUCACCCCUUUGAAGAGGCUCUGGGAUCGUCUCCAUUCAACCCGCAGAAAAGGUACAGGGAUAUACAUCUUAUACAAGGAUGUCAAGUCCUGCCCUGCGAAGAUGUUCAUGUUCUUUGGUCCAUCCUAGUGGAGUCUGGCUCUGUUUCUGCUUCUUCGCAGCCCAAGUGAUUUCUCCGGGCAUUAAUCAUAAGAGGAAGCACGUGUCUGGGCGGCUUAUCCUUCUUGUACAUACAAUAACACUGCAUUUUCACUUUGCGUGCUCUAGGCCUUUUCUUUUUGUGUUCGGUGAUUGGAUUUUUUCAGUACAAGAGAGCACCCGUGGAAAUGGUUUCAUCGGCUUUCUAGACGAGCUCUGCCUUCUUCCAUUUUCAGUAGUCAAAUAGGUCAUGUCUGCUGUUAAUGUGUUUCGCUGGAAGUGGUGAAGGAGAAGAUUUUUGGGCUUGAACAUGUCCUCUGAAUCGCAAAGGAUUUUUCAGUGUAAAGAUUUUCAAAAUCAUACAAAAUUGAAAUCGUCUGUAAAGAUGGAAAGCAAUAGUGAAGCAAGACCCUAAAAUAAAAGGAUAUUCUCUAUUUACCCA